UCUCUGCACUCCAUAUCACAUUUGUCUGCAGCAACCACAACAACGAAAAGGGGGUGGGGGGUGGGGUGGAGAGAAUCUCCCGCAGUAAUUAGUUCUACGUGGAGACUUUGUUUUGCUCUUCGUCUUCGUCCCUUUCCUUUUUUGUACCAGAAAUCUCUGUGCUGGUGCUGCUACUGAGCUCCAAACAGCUGGAGUUCUUCCCUGGGCUCGUUUGGUUUUGACGUGCGCGUGUGUGUGUAUGUGUGUGUGUGUGUGUGUGGACGUGGAUACAUACUCUGGACUGGCAAAGGAAGCUGCAUUGCAUUCCUCUCUCCCUCUCCCCUCCUGCAGUCUGGGCUAUCCGCGUCUCCGCCUGGGAAGGACGGGAAGUUUUAUUUGCAGCACAGAGCCUGUGGCGAAUGGUGGGAAUCUCCGGCCCUUUGCAGUAAAAGAUUGAUCUCUGGGCUGGUGAACAUAAUAUCUGUCCCAGUCAGAAAAGGAGAGAAAAUUAGCAGAGCGGUUGGUGGAGAAUGAUAUCUGUCAAAAGAAACACUUGGAGAGCACUGAGUUUAGUAAUAGGUGACUGCCGGAAAAAAGGGAACUUUGAAUUUUGUCAAGAUCGCAGUGAGAAGCAUUCCACAAUGCCAGACUCACCUGUGGAUGUGAAGACACAAUCCCGAUUGACGCCUCCAACAAUGCCACCUCCUCCAACGACCCAAGGAGCGCCAAGAAGCAGUUCAUUCACACCUACAACGUUAACUAAUGGCACAAGCCAUUCACCCACAGCUUUGAAUGGAGCCCCAUCUCCACCCAAUGGCUUUAGCAAUGGGCCUUCCUCUUCUUCCUCUUCCUCUCUGGCUAAUCAGCAGUUACCACCAGCUUGUGGAGCAAGGCAACUCAGCAAAUUGAAGAGAUUUCUUACCACCUUGCAGCAGUUCGGAAAUGACAUUUCACCAGAAAUAGGGGAAAGAGUACGCACUCUUGUACUAGGACUGGUGAACUCUACUUUGACAAUUGAAGAAUUUCAUUCCAAACUGCAAGAAGCUACUAACUUCCCACUGCGACCUUUUGUCAUCCCAUUUUUGAAGGCCAACCUCCCCCUGCUACAACGGGAGCUCCUGCACUGCGCAAGGCUGGCCAAACAGAACCCUGCCCAGUACCUCGCUCAACACGAACAGCUGCUCCUGGAUGCCAACACCACCUCACCUGUCGAUUCCUCAGAGCUGCUUCUCGAUGUAAACGAAAACGGGAAGAGGCGAACUCCAGACAGAACCAAAGAAAAUGGCUUUGACAGAGAGCCUUUGCACUCAGAGCAUCCAAGCAAGCGGCCAUGCACUAUUAGCCCAGGCCAGCGGUACAGUCCAAAUAAUGGCUUAUCUUACCAGCCCAACGGCCUGCCUCACCCCACCCCACCGCCACCUCAGCAUUAUCGUUUGGAUGAUAUGGCCAUUGCCCACCACUACAGGGACUCCUACCGACACCCCAACCACAGGGACCUCAGGGACAGGAACAGACCUAUGGGGUUGCAUGGCACACGUCAAGAAGAAAUGAUUGAUCACAGACUAACAGACAGAGAAUGGGCAGAAGAAUGGAAACACCUUGACCAUCUCUUAAACUGUAUUAUGGACAUGGUAGAAAAAACAAGGCGAUCUCUCACUGUAUUACGGCGAUGUCAAGAAGCAGACAGGGAAGAGCUCAAUUACUGGAUCCGGCGUUACAGUGAUGCAGAGGACUUAAAGAAAGGUGGUGGUGGCAGCAGCAGCAGCAGUAGCCACUCCAGGCAGCAGAGUCCUGUUAAUCCAGAUCCAGUCCCAUUAGAAUCACAUCGGGAAUUCCUUCACAGGCCUGCUUCUGGAUAUGUGCCAGAGGAGAUCUGGAAGAAAGCUGAGGAAGCAGUCAACGAGGUAAAACGUCAAGCUAUGACUGAGUUACAAAAGGCUGUGUCAGAGGCAGAGCGGAAGGCCCAUGACAUGAUCACUUCAGAGAGAGCCAAGAUGGAACGAACUGUUGCAGAAGCAAAGAGACAGGCUGCUGAGGAUGCCCUGGCCGUUAUCAAUCAACAAGAAGAUUCAAGUGAGAGUUGUUGGAAUUGUGGCCGAAAAGCAAGUGAAACCUGUAGUGGUUGCAACACGGCAAGAUACUGUGGCUCAUUUUGCCAACACAAAGACUGGGAGAAACACCAUCACAUCUGUGGACAGACCCUCCAAGCCCAACAGCAGGGAGAGACACCAGCAGUCAGUUCCUCUGUGACUCCCAAUAGUGGGGCAGGGAGCCCUAUUGAUACACCACCAGCAGCCACUCCUAGGUCAACUACCCCCGGCACCCCAUCCACCAUAGACACAACUCCUCGUUAAAAAUGAACUCAGAACUGUUAGAGGAAAAGCAACAAAACAAACAUGAAACCAAUUCCUCAUCCUCAGAUGCUCAAAGUUGUUGUUUUUUUAAAAAAAUACUUCAUCAGAAGAGAACUUACUGUAUCUUGAGGCAGUAGUAAAAACUAAAACAAAACAAACAAAAAAAU